GUACCCUUUUAUGCACCUCGGAUCUCGUUGGAUCACAACUUCCAACCUCUGCACCCAGAGCCUUGCAGCGGAGAUUGUACAGUACAUGUACUUUUCCUAGGCCCAAAUCAGUGGCCGAUUUCACGGGCAAGUGGGAAUGUUCGAAAGAAGGACGGGAGCUAGUCAGUGCUGCUCCGUUUCUCCCCCAAAACGCCGUCCUUUCUCUCAUCGGUCGGCUUCUCCUGCCCAACCCAUAGCGCCAGGGCUUAGGACCUAGGCCUCUCGACAUUCGGGCCCGCGUCUGUGCUUCGCCGUUCUGGAGUCUGACGACCACCCACCGCGCCGGGAUGGAGAGCCGUGGCGGGGAAACCGUGUCACACAUGGCGGACCGUUUCGGACGGCCUUUUGUAGAGGCCGACCUGUUGGCUCCGGACCGGAUUAUCGGGUUUAUUCUGUUCAAGAAGCUCGCCAAACACCGGAUUCCCACACCAAGUAACGACACGAAACGACACUACCCACCACUGCCGUCCACAUCGAAGAUCGGUCACCAACAAAUACAGCCACCAACAACAGUAACGCAACGCUACAAGUGCCAGACGCAAACAGUUAGCACGCUGGACUUGGGAGGAGCCUAAGCACAGCACACACCAUGGGUGCGUGCGUGCGUGCGUGCGUGCGAGCUUGUUUUGUUAGUGUGCUGUGAAUGCCCAU